UGCUGUUAAAGGGUUAAAGAAGAUUUUGGCUUCUUUGAGACACUUUCAGUUUGGAACGCCAGGGGGCGGAGCCACUCAGUCCAGUCCUCUUUACGGGCCUACUUUUAAUUUGAUUCUGUUUUUUUUUUUUUUUUAAUCAAAGUGCUGCUUUUUUUGAACACUCCAGUUUUACAUUUUAGCUGAACACAUUCCAGACUGCUUCGACCUGUGUACCUGUGACGCUGAGAACACGCCCCUUCCGCCUCACCUGACCCAGGAAGCUCGGAGCUCAGGAUCUUUGUGGGAUUCGGGAUCGGCGGUCAGUCGGGUUUGUUUUAGUCUCGUUCACGGACAGAAAUGCUCUUUGGUGUUUUAGAUUGUUCUUCAUUCGGAUGGUGAGAGUUUAGGAUCGUUCUGGACUUAAUGAACUCAAACCGCGAGGCUUUAAGGUUCUUCUGGUCUCCAUGAUGCUGUAGAUCCGGUCCUCAUGCUGACGCUCCACCUGUCACACCUGCUGCUGGCUGCUCUGCUGCUGGCCGGCAGGGCGGCAGGUGCUGCUCCCAACAGCUCUGAGGCCGCCGUGCCCCCCUCCACGCCGGACGUCGUGGCGAGGGAGGGGUCCAGCGUCCUCAUUACCUGUAACGGCAGCGGACUCCACGAUGAGGUGAAGUGGUACAACUCCAGAGGAGCUCUGCUCAUCGAUGCUACAGGAGGGAAAUGGCAGAUCCAGGAGAACGGCGUCCUCAACAUCACGGUGGUCUCCUUCGAGGACCGCGGCCGCUAUACCUGCGUGGCGUCCAGCGGCGGAGCUCCUUCCAGAAACUACACGGUCACCCUCCGCGUGGCCUACACCGACAGCGGGCUGGGCGUGUACUUCGUGGCGGUGUGCCUGGUGGCGUUCACCAUCACCAUCAUCCUGAACGUGGCGCGGCUGUGCAUGGUCAGCAGCCACCUGAAGGAGACCGAGAAGGUCAUCAACGAGUUCUUCCGCACCGAGGGCGCGGAGAAGCUGCAGAGGGCCUUCGACAUCGCCAAGAGGAUCCCCAUCAUCACGUCAGCCAAGACUCAGGAGCUCGCCAAGGUCACGCAGUUUAAGACCAUGGAGUUCGCUCGCCACAUGGAGGAGCUGGCACGCAGCAUCCCCCUGCCGCCACUCAUCCUCAACUGCAGGGCGUCUGCGGAGGAGAACGCCGGAGCCGAUGGAGCUGAGGGCGAGCAGGCGGCGUGGUCAGAGAUCGAAGAGCAGGCCUCGCUGUCAGAGGUCAGCGUGCGUCUGCAGAGACGAGACGUCAGGACAGCAGAGUGUCACGAGAGCAGCCUGUGAUCCACGGAGGUGAAGAACUCCAUUCAUGCCUCUGAAACGGUGGAAUGAGAUCAUCGCGUUUGAACUCUCGCCAAACUUACCUCAAAGUGAUGGAUUCAGGCCACGUCUGGGUUCUCCUGACAGACUGGUUCUCUCUUCCUGCUCAGAAGAGCUCAUUACGCUGCUCCACAUUUCAUCUCAGCUUUUCUCUCUGAUGCUUCCACAGCCAGGUGACUUCCAGAGGAAAUGUAGCAACAAAACAUCCACGUUACACCCGUCGGUCCUGCUCCGGUCCAUCGGUCCUGCUCGGGUCCGUCGGUCCUGCUCGGGUCCGUCGGUCCUGCUCCGGUCCGGCGGUCCUGCUCCGGUCCGGCGGUCCUGCUCGGGUCCGUCGGUCCUGCACGGGUCCGUCGGUCCUGCACGGGUCCGUCGGUCCUGCUCCGGUCCGUCGGUCCUGCUCCGGUCCGUCGGUCCUGCUCGGGUCCGUCGGUCCUGCUCAAGUCUGUCGGUCCUGCUCGGGUCCGUCGGUCCUGCUCCGGUCCGGCGGUCCUGCUCCGGUGGUCCUGCACGGGUCCGUCGGUCCUGCUCCGGUCCGUCGGUCCUGCUUGGGUCCGUCGGUCCUGCUCGGGUUCGUCGGUCCUGCUCGGGUCCGUCGGUCCUUUUUGGUCUGUUGUUCUUGCUCAGAUUUGCUCUUUCAGAACAACAAAAACCUGCAGGAAAUCCUCCAGAUCAAAUCCAUAUCUUUAUUUCUUUAUUUCUUUACUUGAUAAGUUUUUUUUAACAAAGUCUGAUUUCUCAGUAAUAUGCUGUGUGAAGCUACUGUCUCCACUAUUGUGAGGUUGUAGUUUUAAUGGGCUAUGAAAGACAAAUGUGGCCGACUUUUAGUUUUAAUUUAUUAUUUCAUGUUUUACUGAUCUCAUGUUGAAUAUUCAAGAAAUUAUUAAAAACAAUAUUUUAAA